ACUGCUAUCACAAAUCAUAAAGCAUGAAAGAAAGGAUACAGAUGAGUCUGACUCUUGUGAAAAGAUGAGAAACAGGGACUCUCAAAACGUCGUCAGUAGCUCGGAUGAGAUGAUAGAAGAUGGUGACUCAGCAGAAGAUAUGGGAGAUGCUGACUCAGACAUAGGAGAUGAAGAUAUGGGAGAUGCUGACUCAGACAUCAUUUACUUGGAAGAAUUCCGUAGUCCAGAUGAGACGGAAAGCAAAGAUGAUGAGGAAGAGUUAGAUGAUGAUGAGUUUGAAGCACACAAUUACAACCAAUCUCUAGAGGCCCCAGAUAAAGAUAAAAAGGCAGGAGGAGUCGAAGAAAAGUGGCCAGAAGCAAAGCACACCACCAGAGACAUUGUUGAUAUCCUUGAUGAUGAUUAUGACCUGCAGGUUGAACAUGGACUCGUGACACGCUGGGCAUUGUUAAAUUAUUCAUCUUUGACUAAUAUAAGGUCACGAAGGUUUCUAGCUAAGCUUCAGUAUACAUGUUUGUCCUUGGGAAUGGCGAAAUUUGCUACGUGGCCAAAAAGGGAAUUUAGAGAAACUGUUGGCCUUGUUGCUAUAGAAGAAUUGUUGGAUGUGCUCAAGAUAGAACUUGUACUCCUGAUUCCACCCUUCCUUGGAUACAAUGAUGCCAUUUUUUUUAAUUCCUUCCACAAGAAAAACAAAGAAUGGCCUAAGAGGUUAUUCUUCUUCAGAAAUGGACUAGAGGAAGGCGAAUUUGGCCACAUUUGCCAGCAAGAAAUAGAUGCUAUUAAACAGGCUUGUGCCUCCUUUGAUGUGUCAGUCACAUAUGUGGUUGUGAUGCAGAUUCAUGGAACUAAGCUUCACUCUGCUAUGUGUAAGUAUAAGUUCUUGUGCCGCCAUACUACUGAGGAAAUCUCCAACGUGGUCUAUUAUUGUGUUGCUCAUGAUGACAACCAUUUUCCGACAGGUGAACUUCAGGUUCUAACAUCACAACUUUGCACCUUCCGUCAUCAUCGGAAGAACCCAUAUAGUGGUACCGACGUACUACACUUUCAAGAAUAUUGUAGGAGAAUUGAGAAAAUGAGGACUAGCAAAAAUGGGGAGAUGAGAAUGACUACUCUACUCUAGCUAAGCCAGACAUUUAUCCAACUUAUUAUUAUUAAGAUGAUCUGUGUAUUUUGAACUCAAGUAUUAGUGAUGGCCCCAGCAGGCCAUGUUGAACUCAAGUAUUAGUGACGGUCCCAGUAGGCCAUGCAAACUCAAGUAUUUAGCAGCAGGCGCAUUUGCGUGGCCGGUGCAUGAGGCCGAAACUUUCUUGUGUUUGAGCCACUUUGUCGCCUGCUUGGAACUGCUUUAUGCAUGGACAUGUAAGCAUGUGAACAUAGAGCUGUAGUAUGUAUGGCUUCGGUUUAAGCGAUACGAUUUCAGCUGUUCCA